GACAACAAAGAGUUGUCCCUUGGUGCUUUCCGGUGGUCCUCGCAGGAUGUUCUACCUUGAAGUCCAGGAGUGCGCGUAGAGCCUGUUUGAAGGCACUUGCUACGAGAAACUUAGUGAAGAGAGGUAAGAUCCUGCCUGCACAGCCAGUGCCAGAGGGGAUUCUUGCACCUCCCUAUGUUGCUGAUCCCGACAAAGUCCGUGGCUGGUGGAACUCACGCAUUGAGCCCAAGAGCGACAGCGAUGUUGAAGCGAUGCGCUCAGCUGGGCAGCUGGCACAUUCCGCCCUGGACUUGGCAGCAGAACUGAUUCGUCCAGGCAUAACCAGUGAGGAGAUGGACAAAGAGCUGCAUACCUUCAUUUGUGAUCAUGGAGCCUACCCCAGCGAUCUCCAGUACAAGGGCUUUCCCAAGAGUGUCAUGAUCAGCAUCAACGAAGUGAUUUGCCAUGGCAUUCCCGAUAGCCGCCCUCUAGAGGAUGGUGAUUUGGUGAACGUAGAUGUGACCUUGUACCGACACGGCUUCCAUGCAGACACCGCGCGCACGUGGAUGUGUGGUGAGGAAGAUGAAGCAGGCGGUCGCCUCGUAGCAGCAACCCGGGAGGCCUUGGAUGCAGCCAUUGCAGUAUGCCGUCCUGCAGCCCCGUUGAAAGCCAUCGGAGAAGCAGUGGCCGACAUUGCGGAGCGCGAAGGCUUUGGCAUUGUGAAGACCUUGGUGGGCCAUGGAAUCGGAGAGUUUUUUCAUGGCGUGCCGCAGAUCUUCCACUGCCGGAACAGCGACAACCGGAAGAUGCAGGAGGGCACCACCUUCACUAUCGAGCCGGUUCUCACAGAAGGGUCACCGGAGUGGUUUACAUGGGAAGAUGGCUGGACAGUGGCAACAAAAGAUGGCGGUCGCGCUGCCCAGUUCGAGCACACCAUCCUGAUCACAUCCGAUGGCUGCGAGGUUCUGACAUGA